CGAUCAUGUGAUUGAGUCAAGAUGGCGUCGUCCAGCCGCUUGUGGCUCUUGGCUCUCUCUUUCCUGCCGGGGUUCUGCGCUUCCCUAGCGCUGGGGCAUCUCGACCCGCCGGCGCCGCUGCCGUUGGUGAUCUGGCAUGGGAUGGGAGACAGCUGUUGUAAUCCCUUAAGCAUGGGCGCUAUUAAAAAAAUGGUCGAGAAGAAAAUACCUGGAAUUUACGUCUUAUCUUUAGAGAUUGGGAAGACCCUGGUAGAGGAUGUGGAGAACAGCUUCUUCUUGAAUGUCAACUCCCAAGUAACAACGGUGUGUCAGAUUCUUGCUAAAGAUCCCAAAUUACAGCAAGGCUACAAUGCUAUGGGAUUCUCCCAGGGAGGCCAAUUUCUGAGGGCAGUGGCUCAGAGAUGUCCAUCACCUCCCAUGAUCAAUCUCAUCUCAGUUGGGGGACAACAUCAAGGUGUUUUUGGACUCCCUCGGUGUCCAGGAGAGAGCUCGCACAUCUGUGACUUGAUCAGAAAAACACUGAAUGCUGGAGCUUACAACAAAGCUGUACAAGAACGCCUGGUGCAAGCAGAAUACUGGCAUGACCCCAUAAAGGAGGACGUAUACCGCAACCACAGCAUCUUCCUGGCAGAUAUUAAUCAGGAGAGAGGUGUCAAUGAGUCCUACAGGAAAAACCUGAUGGCCCUGAAGAAGUUUGUGAUGGUGAAAUUCCUCAAUGAUUCCAUUGUGGACCCUGUGGAUUCUGAGUGGUUUGGAUUUUACAGAAGUGGCCAAGCCAAGGAAACCAUUCCCUUACAGGAGAGCACCCUGUACACACAGGACCGCCUGGGGCUAAAGGCAAUGGACAAGGCAGGACAGCUGGUGUUCCUGGCUCUCGAAGGGGACCACCUUCAACUGUCUGAAGAAUGGUUUUAUGCCCACAUCAUACCCUUCCUUGAGUGAAACCCUUGUAGUUUGCACCAGAGCUCAGGGAACCCCUCACACUUCCAAACCAGUUCCCUCCAUGCCCAUGCCUGAGCUCAGAUCCAGCUAGCAACUAAUCUUGUCUAGUCACGUCUAACAUGCCCUGCUCGGAAAGAACCAAGAUACGAAUCUUAUCCCUUGCCUCAUCCUAUCAGCACAUAUGGUGUUGAAUGCAAGUUUAAUUAGCUAAUGUGGUCGGACUGUUUUAGGAAUCAGGAGUUUGCUGCAGGUCAGUGGCAGAACUGUACCUAGGCCUGGAAGAGACUGAACAAACUAAAGCAAUGAGAUGGAGUCUAAAGCAGAUGCCUUUCUCAGGAAAAUCUAGCCACAUCUCAAAGCAAAAGGCCAGUACCCAGGCCUGAGGUAUUCACAUAAAUGCGUUCUCAGCUGUGCUGGUGGAGAUUUGACCAGUUCGUGGAAAAGUAUUGCUUGGAUAACAUGUCCACGUAACUUCUUGAGGCUGCCCCUCCUCUCUUUGAGUAUGCUGCUUUCUGUGGUGUCUUAGCUAUUAGACAGAUUCCGGCAGCCCACCAUUUGCCUUGGCGGCACUUUUUUUGUCUCCUCAGGUAGUGAUGAAUUAGUUGCUCUGUCACAAAAGGAGGGAAGUAGCACCCAAUUGGAUUGCUUAAGGGAGGAAGUGUACAUAUUGCCUGACUUAGAUGGGAGUGGGGGAAGGUUUAAAGAAAAAUGUAAAAAUGAAAAAGGAGGUCAUUGGUCUUUCCAUUCCAUCCUUGACGAACCUGCCCUUUCUGAAAAUGACUAGUGGUCUGGGUUCUAGUCACUCUAUUGCUGGCAUUAGCAAAGAAUGGGAGUAAAAAUGUGAAGAGAUCAGGCCUUCUAACUAACUUCCAUCUCAAAAAUUUCAGAUUACCAGCAUACUUCAAACUGCUUCUGAUGUGUUUUGUGGAAAAAAAAGAUUAUUUGCUCAAAAAGCUUAGGGACUAUUUCAUAUUUCUUUUCUCCUCUUGGAGAUCAGCCCAGCUUAGAAUAUUAAGGACUCUGAGAAUUCCUGUUACAGUGAAGAAAACUAACAAUCUACCACUUCCCACACUAUUUGAGCAAGGACGUCUUAGCCCCCCACUCUCUUAUCCCAUGAAAACCAGCAACACUUUCUGGGAGACUGUUCUGCAGAAUGCCAGUUUGCGGAGAUGGUUAGCUAUGUUUGAGGGAAGCACCUUGGUAGUGCUGCAGAGUUUACCCUCUGUGAUUUUUCCUUCACCUUUCUCAAGACUUUUCAACUAAAGAGGAUGAAAGGCAAGAAGUGGGGACGUGUGAAAAUAAUUUUAUGAAGUUGUCUAAAAUAAAGAGUAGUUUCUUA